UCCCAUUUUCUAUUCUAUCUAAUUCCUCCACCCCCGCUAUUGUACAAAGUCGAGUUUAACUUUAUCUCAUCCCAAUCAAUAACGAUACUCGAAUUGUGAGUUGUUAUUUGCUCUCGAGGCCUGAAACCCAACCAGGAGUCAUGUAUUAGUGUACAUACGUAUUGUACACGCCCAACUAGACCAGACUAGAUCAGACCGGACCAUAAGGCAACUCGCUCUGGCAUCAGCACGCCCACCUUUGAACCGAAACCUCUUUCGUACCCAUCAUCUACCUUAUCUCCUCCAAUCCAUCGGGAUCGAGUCUUCACAUCCCAUCCUUCAUCGAUCUCUGGUUUUCUACAUCCUAGCUAGAGACCAUGGCAUCAAGAAAGGUGUCAGCCCUCAAGUUCGUGGGGACUGUCUCGUUGGGUCUCUUAACGGGCACUUCGUACACCCUCUCAUCCAUCACCGUCCCAUCCCUUCUUGAGCUCCCCUCUGCGUCAUCCGCAGCCAAGGCCUUCCGCAACCUCACAUCAACCGCAUCAACACAGCUCACUUCCCUAGCCAGCCUAUCCGGCUCUGCCUUCCUGCUUGCCUUCAUCAUAUCCCCCCGUGGCUUCAAACACCCGUACCUGCUCUACACGUCGCUAUUCUGCUUCAGUACCCGCCUGUCCGACUACGUGACGCCGUCCAUCUUCGGCGCUCCCGUCACCAGCUCCUCCGCUGCCGCGCAGCGCCGCGCUGAGGCCCAGGCCCGCAAGGAUAAGAAGGCCGCUCGCCGCAUGGAGGCUUCCUACGAAGAUCUUGGUGGCUCGCACAGUGAUGAGGCCAGCAGCGAGGAGCACGAGGAGGACUCCAACGGCGAGGAGGUCCGCAGCGAGGUCCAGUUCUUCGUUCGGAACCAGUUGAUACAGACGGCCCUCGCGGGCGUCGGCUUCGCGAUGGCGGUCGUUGGUAUCUGGGGAGAUGGUGCUCUAGGUGUUUCCGAGACGCUUGUUAUCGAGUUCUAAGAUAGGAGAACUUCACGGAGUUUCAAAUGAGAAAAUCAAUGUAGGGAUAGGGGUGGUCUGAUUCUCAUCAUUCAUUCAAGUCUUGAUGAAAAUAUAAACCAACUAGAAACCUAGGGUUGGGUGGAAUACUGCCGGAAACACAUAUACAAGAUAUCCUCAAGGCUUUUAUCAGUAGGGUUGUUCGGACUGGCUGUUGUAUAUUUCACGCUCCCACCUCCCUCUGAGAUGUCUGCAUGCAUGCACACGUAGUAACAAAAGAAAGAUUUAAAAAAAAAUAUAACAUAGUAUGGGCGUUUA